CCCGCGAGCUGAGCUACACGCUCGCGCGUCCGCUUCUCGCACCCGCACCAACUCCGCACUAACAUCGCGACCAUGAAGUGCAUUAUUAAAUGUGCCGGUCUCGUGACUUUUGUUUCUCUUAUCGUUGUGAACGCGGCUGAAAUCAAAGUCAAGGAGGAACUGCAAGCCUUGGCAGAGCAAAUCCAAAUUUUGAAAACUUUGCACCUAACCGACGUCACGCGCCUGAAAAAGGAGGUCGAAGAGCUUAAAAAAACUUGCGGUAUUCAUUUGACUACAAACAACGAGCGUAACGAACAGGCUACGCUGCAAUGGGCCAAAGCGUCGAUGAAGGAGCUUCGUACCGAAAUGCGUGAACUAACCGAGAGUGUCAAUAACUCGGCCCUCCUACGAGAUCUCCACGUCAUCCGUAACGAGUUGAAAAAGGCUUUGACUGAAACUGCGGAUCUGGCUCAACUGACACGGACUCAGGAGGCGCGGGUUGACAAGCUCGACAACGAAGUGAGCCGGCUAAAGUACGACCAGCAACAAGCUCACUCCAUGAUUGCGGAACUUCGGAACCAUUUUAACAAACUCUCGAGAGAGAUAAAUAUCAAGCAACUAGAAGAAGAAAGUUUUAAUGAUGUUUUGGACCGCCACGAGAGUCCGAAGCUGAUGCAUAAGAUUCGGCACAACAAAAUGCUGCACUCUCAGAUGGCGAGACUGGCGCGCACGCUCGACCAGCUCGAGGAGUAUCAGCAGAAUCUGCAGACUCAAUUGUUGGAUGUUCAGCGUCGAAUGGAUCGCCUUGAAGAACCUAAUUGGAAUCUCUUGUCCGCUAAAGUUGAUCUUCUGGAAUUCGAAAACAAAAUCCUAGGAAACCAGCUCAAGAACACAUCUCAAAAAAUGUCUGAUUUUGACAAACUGCACGCCUCUUUGCUGGAACUUCGCGAAGAUGUUGAGAAUAUUGAGAAUAAAGCUGACAAAACAAUACCCGAGUUUAGAAAAGAAAUUUCAAAGCUGGACAUAAAUUUUGCCCAGCUGAACGCGCAAUCGUCGUAUUUGAAGGAGGACCAGGAGAACCUGCGGCAGUCGGUGAAGGCGAUUGCAGUGAGCGUCAGUAACGCCAUCGACCGCGCUGAGAUGGACCGUCUGCUUCUCACCAAGAUCAAUGACUCCAUCGGUGACCUGCAGACAAGUUCCAGGCAACACUUCUAUCGCCUGAAUGACCAUAUUCUCAAGAGUGAAGCCAAUGCGAAUCAUACUGAAACCAUUCCUCUCCCAGAGCUAAUGGGAGAAGUUAAGGAAUUGCAGCCAGUGGAAAAAGAAUAUGAAGACCUGGUUAACCAAUUGCCUAAAGACUGCUCCUACAUUUCCGGGCCUGCGGGUACUUAUCUCAUCCACCCUGGUCAGCGUCCCGUCGAAACGUGGUGUGCUAAUGGCAGCACGCUUUUGCAGCGCCGCUACAAUGGAUCUAUUGAGUUCAAUAGAAAAUUCACCGAGUAUGUGCGCGGUUUUGGCAAUGCCGCUUCCGAGUACUGGCUUGGCCUUGAGGCAAUGCACCAGAUCACCGCUGACAACUGUUCCGGAAUGAGGAUUGACAUGACUGACAUAUAUGGAGGCAACUGGUACGCGCAGUACGAACACUUCUCUGUUGGCAGCACAGGCACCGGCUACGUUCUCAACGUAGGGGGUUUCAAGGGUAACGCCAGCGACGCUUUCGAGUACCAGAAUCACAUGGAGUUUUCGGCCAUCGAUCGCGACAGGGAUAUUUCAAAUACCCACUGCGCUGGCAACUACGAGGGUGGCUGGUGGUUCUCCCAUUGCCAGCACGUGAAUAUUAACGGCAAAUACACAUUGGGCUUGACCUGGUUCGACUCCGUUAGGAAUGAGUGGAUUGCCGUGGCGACCAGCGAGAUGCGCAUGUUUCGCCGAGAGGGUUGCCCUUAAAUAAUCUUCCAUUACACGCAGCUAGUAGUCGAAACAUACAUGUAUCAGUUUUAUUCCGCUUAAAAUGUUUAUAUGUGUAAGUUUAAAUGAUACCAAAGAAAUUCUAGUAGGGGACGUUAUUUAUAGAAACUCAUGCGUUUAGAGCUUGGAGUAACUCGUAGACAAUCAAGUAGAAUAGACAAGACGUAAUCUAAUAGGUGCUCCUGUGUGGCUACUCUUUUUUCUGUAAUAUGCCAUAUGAUUUCAUGUAUGCGUGUCAGUGCGUCAGUAUUCCGCAACAACGGCCAAGUAGUGGAGAUCACGCGUCUCGAGUCUAAGGUAUUAAAGCGCAUAAUUAAAAUAUCUAUUGUCUUUAUUACUUUCUGUAUCGAUCUCUUCAAUAAUCAACAUUUAUGAGUAAUCUAAAAAUAUUUUAAUUUUUUUAAGUUAUUUAGUUUAUAACUUUUUCUUUGUAUAUAGGUAAUUAAAUUUAUGCAAGUAAUUCCCUAUCGUAUUUAGUUGUAAAACAUUUUCAAUAUUGCUGAAAAACUUUAAGCGUAACAUGUAAAAGGUGAAAAACUUUACAUUCCAAUACAGCUCUAAUAAGUAAAACCUUCAGGGGAUUGCAAAAUUUAUAAUUAUUAUUAGUUCUUAGUUUUGUAUAUAAAGUGUGAUGUGAUAGUAUCGUGCAUUUGACAGUGACGGUGGAGCCGCCACUUGACUUAUAGAGGUAAAGCGAAAGUUGUAAAGUUGUGACUAAGGAAACAGGGUUCCUUGUUUGACUACGGGAUCCUAAAAGACUGUUUAUCAACCUAUCAAGAUAUUUUUUUUAAGAAUAGAUAUUGUUGAGUCACGAUUUCUCAAAAUUGUAAGUUAAAUCGAUUAAAUUGGAAUAAUUAAUUUUUAAUUUGAUAUUAUUUAUGUUAACAACAUACUUAUUAACAUGUAACAAAUAAAACUAAUAUUUUUUGUAUUUUAUCUAAAAUUAUAGAAGGGGAAGAAGAGAAAGAAGCAACACCGAGCUAUUA